UUUUUUUUGUUGUUUAAAUAAUUUGUUGGUUAGUUAGUAAAGUGAGUAAGGGAUGUAGGCUACAUCCAGCCGUCUAUUAUCGCAAAAUAAACACUGAGAAGGGUGAAUGACCCAGAUGUGAAGUAGCCAUAUAGUAGCAGCUAUUCACUAGUGUGAAUUGAGUUGUUUUAGUUACAAAAAACAGCAAUAUCCUUUCAUUGACAUAGUGCUUAAAACUAUUCUUUUGGAAUGUGUGGUUAACGAUUUACAUUCAAGCUAGGUAAAUUUGCCUUUACAUAUGAUAAUCACAGGUGAUUGCAGUUUAGUAACUUCCUGCAUGUUUUUAUCUCGCUAGACCAGGUGUUAAUAGACUACAUUAAAUGCUUCAAUUCACUAGCAGAUAUACUAGCAGUGAAACAAUCAGAGGCAGAAUUAAGACAGAAAAUCAUAUUGUUGUUGUAAAUAAGCUAUUCAUCUAAGCGGAUUCAUUCAUCAACUAUUUGUAAAUAACCUGUUCAGUUGUAACAAGUGUAUCGACUGUUUUUGCUUCGGCACUUAUUAUAUUGUCUGCUCUACUCUUCGCAAAAGCUGGAAAAACAUUUUGGCCACAACUUAGGGACGUGAAAAGGGCUGUCACUCAUUUACUUCACCUUACUUUAUAGUUAAUUCAACGUUUACAUACUGGUGGUUGAUGUAAAACGUUAAAAAAGUUAAAGUAAAUAGGAUUUUUAAAAGUAAAAUACUUUUGUUUAGGUUCAUUAUGUAAAAAACAGGAAUUUUACUUUUUAAAUGGUUAGUUCUGUGGAUAUCUUAAUAAUAUGGUAUCUGUUUCUCUAUGGCAUUUUAUUUAAAAAUCUUUAAUCCCAAUCAGAGCAUUUGAGCAAAGAUUGCAUUGCGCUCGACCCAAUCCAAGCAAACGUUCCACUUGUGUGCCGCUCACACUCACAUCUGAUCAAAUCCCGCUCCUACAGGUUGUUUCUCUGUGCUAGAUAUAUCGUUCUCUUUGUCAUAAACUUCUUGAUCAAAUGUCUUAAUUGCAGUUGGCUUAUGGAUAACAGUUAAGAUAUUUGUGGAUUUAACAUCCUUAGCUCUUUAACCUAAAAAAUGUAUUAAUCUUUGUGAGGAGCGCAUGUAAGCAACCGGUAAUUAUGAAUAUUUUUUAACUGGAAGUUAUUACAAGCACUCACUUACGGUUUCUUAUUUUGGGACAAAAAAACAACAACACAAAAAUAACAUAAACAUGCACUUCCAUUCAUCAUCUGAGCCACACCAAAUAAAAACAAACAUACAUUAAAAAAUACACUGUGGAUAUUUUGAAAACAUCUUAAAAAAUUGAAUUAGGGACUGACUGGACAUGUAAGGGGUGCAAUUGUUAGAAAUUAUUUUUGACAGAAUCAAAAUGGUUUCAGUAAUGGUUUUAGCUUUGUUGUGUUCCUAGAUCCAUUUACCACAUCCAUGUUUUAGACAUUCCAAAUAUGUAUUAUCAAGUAUUAUCAAUUGUAUAAGUUUUUGUAUUUGAGCUAACAUAUCUGUUUAAUACUAACAGUCUGAGUAAGUAACAUUAAGCUCUCAAGUGUCUGCUUACUAAAGCAAGAUUUAUGACAUACUCAUCAUAUUUCAUUUAUUCCCCACCUGCUAAAACAAGGGCUGUCUUAGAAAAUGUUAAUGUGUUUAAGUAUAAACAUUGAUAUAUAAACGUGUAAAAAUACAUGUGGUGUGAUUUGACUGUAUUGUAAACAGCUCUGCUAAAUUACAGAGCUGAUUGAAACAUAUCCCAAUGGCUGUGAUCGGACGCUUUCUCACUGUGUUUUCAGUCCCUGAGUGGACUGAGCUGCAACCCCCACUACCUGCAGGACAUUAGCAUCUCUAUGGAGAACGGCUUCAAAGGCCAGGCUGUGAAAGUUUACCUUAGACCUAAAAAUACACAUGCUUAAACAAGUCAUCCUAUACUUAAAACACUCUGAGGACUCUGCAUGUAUUUUUUGAGAGAUUCAACAAGAGGAACUAUUAAUAUGAGCUUUCGUUUCAGAUGUGGUAUAAAGGUUUAGUUAAACCAACAAAAAUAUGAAUGCCCAUGGUAAUCUGCUACAUCCCUAUAACAUCAUUUGAUUUAUAAAUGAGCAGAUUUUUUAUUUAUUUAUUUUUUUACAUUGUGGUAAAUUACUUUUUUCUGUCUUUUAAAAUAUUUUAAAUAGUAAAUUAAUUGUAUAUCGCCUACUUUCUUUAAAUGCUGCACCAUCCCAUAGUUUGAUAUUAUUUUUGAACUUUUCCUUUAUUAACUUUAUCAUGUUUUAUCUGCCAUUGAUAUAGGUUUGUGUUCUGUGCUCUAUUUAAAAUGCAUGCAAAAUAAUACUAAUUAUGAAAAGUACUUUUUCCUGAUCCAGUUGAUGUUUACAACUGGAUUUAAAACUAAUUUACCAACAGAUUCUACCCUUAUGUUAAUCUAGCUAUUUGAUUUCAAUCACAAAACAUUUGCAUAACAGAACCAAUAGUAAUGUUGGCUAACUGUGGUUUAUCCGAUGGCCCAAUCACUGCUCCGAUAGCAGAACGUAUAUCUCUCUAUUCCAGGUUCCUAAUUCACACUUCAUGUUUGGCAUUUGGAAGAGCACAACUUUAGAAGACUUCAACGAGAUUGUUUCCUACAUUGGAGAGUUAUCUUUCUAUUAUAGUUUAAAGAUUUAUCUACCUACAAGAUCCCAAGAUCCUAAGCGCACUGAGCCAUUUCUCAUCUCACUUUUUUUCUUUCCGAAGUAAAAGGUAAGUUGUACAUUCUAACUUCAUUUUAUGAUGAUUUGUAAAUGCUAACAUUAUACAAUGUUUUUGCAUCCUCUUACAAUGUAAAUGUGCAUGCAGAUUGGUAUUAUUGAUAUUCAGUUUCUUUUUAAAAUGAUUUUAUAAAAAUACUUGAUAUAAAAAGUAUAGUAAAAAUGUAGUAAAUUAUCAGCCACAUUGUCAUCUUUUCAAUAAGUUAUUGUCUACACAAUUCUAAGGAGUUUUUUUUUAGAGUAUUUUCUAUUUUUUUUUUUAUUUUUUUUUAUUUUUUUUUUACUUAGCAUAUGCACUAUAUCCUGCAUAAAAUGUUCUUAUAUUUCACAGGAAAAUGAGACCCAAAAGAGUUUCUCCUGAAAAGGAAGCCUUGUACUUCAUUGCUUCGGGGAAAGAUAAAGACACAUUCGAGAAAAAAUUAAUGUGUGAAGAGAAAGGUUUUGGAGUAAUCGCCACAAAACAUAUUGAGCCAGGAGAAUUCCUACUGGAGUAUGUUGGAAGACACAUGGCUGGAUCUGAAGGAGAGACCCUGCUCAAAGACUACUCAGCUGAAGAUGCAGUUUUUUUAUAUUUCUACUCCUUUCAGGGACAAUCUUACUGUGUUGAUGGCAGUAAAGCUACAGAAAAUCUCGGACGAUACAUAAAUGAUGACCACAUCAAGCCAAACAGCAAAAUUAAAAUAAUAAUGGAUGAAAAGAAAAUGCCACAUUUGUGUGUAUUUGCGUUAACAAAAAUCAAGCCAAUCAUACCAAAGAAAAAAUCAUACCAAAGCCUAUGGACUAGUAUGCAGGAGUGAUCCAGCUCUCAGAUUUCAUAAAAAAUAUCUUAAUUUGUGUUCGGAAGA